UUGCAUUUUCUACACGCCGAUGCCGACUUGUGAAUGUGGCUGGCUGGCUGGCUGGCUGGCUGGCUGGCUGGCAGGCAGGCAGGCAGCUAGCGAAUGGAGCGACGGCGCAACCUCAACCUCGCAACUUCAACCUCGCAACCUCUUGCCUGCUGCUGCCCCUAUCGAACCUCGUACGGCCUUAUCGCGCAAAGAGACGAUGAAGAAAGCAAGGAGAUGGAUGGGAUAUGCAUUCUUCGCAUUCCGCUAUUGCAAGCCUUGCAGAGAUCCGUUUGCGAGCUGCAUUCCAUUGCACUCGUCACUCCUCGGGCGGAAUCUGAGUGGGCCAUGUCCAUGAAGAAAGGCACGCACGCCCCCGCCGCUCAACUCGUUGACGCAAUUCAAACCUUCUUGCUUGCAUUUGAUUCAAGAUUGCUAGCUGCGAUACAUAUUCACGAUUCGGCCCUUCACCUCCAAACUCGCCUGCCUGGACCACCUCACAGCCGGAGGCCGAGGAGCGCAUUCGUGUCAGUGGUGCCUGCUGACCAUCUGGAUGGAUGUAUGCCAAGUCUCCACGAUUGCCGAUGAUGUACCGGUAGCAGCAAAGUCGAACAUCUGCGAUUACAAUCAAAAUCACAUGCAUCAAGUCCCUCGUGCAUGUCACUAAAUCUUUAAACACUCAAGACUUCCUUACACUCGUGACUCGUGCGUCACUCCGGUCCUACCUUAGCCUGUGCGCUCGCGUGUCGUGCCU